UGGCCUCUCCAGCCACCGCUGAUGUGAGUGUUCUUUACGUUCAAAACAGCAUAUGUUAUGCUCUUUUCGCUGAGUUACAAGGGAUAUUUGGUGAAAUCUCAGUUUCUUCUGACUCUAUUUUCUAUGUAUAUUGUGCGGUGUGAAUCGAACUGGGGGUGACAAUCAUGGUAAAUGCGCAAAUGGGUAGCUUUAUUUUGCAAGGAAUCGGAUGUUUCUCUUCGAAUUGCAACUGGAAUACAUCUUCAUCAAUUGGGUUUUCGGUUUCUUGGAGACCCAGUUUUGGUGUUGCAGUGAAUGCGCGAAGACCCAACUGUAUUACAGUUAAUACUUUGUUGAGAGAAGAGUCUAAUGGCAGGUCGGCCGAUAACGGGCUUCUAGACAAAGAGCUUGAGUUCAAGCCUUCAUUUGGUGAGUAUUUGAAGACUAUGGAGUCUGUUAGAACUGGCAGGGGGAAGAACCAAUCACGGAAUUUAAAUAGGUCUAAGAGUAGUUCAAGAAGGGGAAAAGGUGUUCUGAGGAUGCCAUCUUUGGAGAGAGAUGAAGAGAAUGUGAAUUUGGGGGAUUUUGAAGGGCAUCCAUAUCAAGAAAAGAAAUCCAAAUUCGGGAAGCAAGAUGAAUUAUAUAAGAAUUCUGGUGGUCGAAGUGCCCGGGGCUUGGUUCAAGAUGAACUAGACUUGGGAUGGGAAAAUGAUGAUGAAAAUUCCUCUGAAAUAUUGGAAGGGAAGGGGUCUUCCAAGAGCCGAAGGGAUGAUAAAUUGAAAGGACGUGCCUUUAAGGCAGAUAGCAGUGGUCUUGGAAGCAAAGGAAUGUGGAAAAGACAUGAGAUGAAUGGGGCUCAAGUCAAGAAAGUAGGUGAUGAAAAAAUCGGUAUUAAAAAGGGAAACUUCAAUAAGAGCAGGAAGGGUUUCCUUGAGAAAGGUGGUGAUGACAUUUUGGAGAUAGAAAGGGCUGCCUUCAAAAAUUUUGAGGCAUUCAAUGACAUUACAGUCAAGAAACCUGUUUCAAAGAUGGAAAUGGAAGAACGAAUCCAGAAGCUAGCAAAGUUGUUGAAUGGCGCAGACAUUGAUAUGCCUGAGUGGAUGUUCUCUAAGAUGAUGCGAAGUGCAAAAAUAAGAUUUACAGAUCACUCUAUUUUGAGAGUUAUCCAGAUAUUGGGUAAGCUAGGAAAUUGGAGGCGGGCACUGCAAGUCCUUGAGUGGCUUCAAUUGUGUGAACGCUUCAAAUCCCACAAGCUCAGAUACAUUUACACUGCUGCACUGGAUGUACUUGGAAAGGCAAGGCGACCUGUGGAGGCACUCAAUGUAUUCUAUGCAAUGCUGCAACAAAUGUCCUCGUACCCCGACCUAGUAGCUUAUCAUUGUAUUGCAGUCACUCUUGGACAAGCAGGACAUAUGAAGGAACUUUUUGAUGUGAUUGAUUGCAUGAGAUCUCCUCCCAGGAAGAAGUUCAAGACAGGGGCACUUGAAAAGUGGGACCCACGGUUGGAACCAGAUAUUGUUGUUUACAAUGCUGUGCUAAAUGCUUGUGUCCGACAGAAGCAAUGGGAAGGAGCAUUCUGGGUGUUGCAACAAUUAAAGCAACAAAGCCAAAAACCUUCUAUCACAACAUAUGGACUUGUCAUGGAGGUGAUGUUUGUAUGUGGAAAGUACAAUUUGGUUCAUGAGUUUUUCUGGAAAGUGCAGAAAUCUUCUAUUCCUAACGCUUUGACAUAUAAAGUUCUCGUGAAUACCCUAUGGAGAGAAGGUAAAACGGAUGAGGCUGUUUUGGCUGUUCAAGACAUGGAAAAACGAGGCGUAGUGGGUUCUGCUGCUCUUUAUUAUGCUGCUCGUUGUCUCUGCAGUGCAGGAAGGUGCCAAGAAGCAUUAAUGCAGAUUGAGAAGAUAUGUAAGGUUGCAAAUAAGCCUCUUGUAGUAACAUACACUGGUUUAAUUCAAGCUUGUCUGGACUCUGGAAACGUUCAAAAUGCAGCAUUUAUAUUCAAUCAAAUGCAUGAGUUUUGCUCACCAAAUCUGAUCACUUGCAAUGUGAUGCUGAAAGCAUACCUGGAACAUAGGAUGUUUGAAGAAGCGAAAGAACUGUUUGGGAAAAUGUUAGGAGAUGGGAAUCGUAUCAGUAGUAAAUCAGAUUACAAUGAUAGGGUACUACCAGAUAUUUACACAUUCAACACUAUGAUAGAUGCAUGCAAUGCAGAGAAGAGGUGGCAUGAUCUUGAGUAUGUGUAUGAACGGAUGCUACGCCAUGGGUUCCACUUCAAUGCUAAACGACAUCUACGGAUAAUACUGGAUGCUUCCAGGGCUGGAAAGGAAGAGCUGCUGGAAACAACUUGGAAGCGCUUGGCUGGGGAGGGCCGGGUUCCACCUCCUCUUAUCAAAGAAAGGUUUUGCAUGAAACUGGAGAAAGGUGACUGUGCAGCUGCUGUAUCCAGCAUCACGGGUCAUCACAUGAAGGAGCUGCAGGAGCCAUUCUCCAAGAGGGCAUGGUUGAAUUUAUUUACGGAAAAUGCUGGUCGGUUUCAAACGGAGAGUCUUGUGGAGUUGAUGCAUGAGGCUAGUGUCCUUAUUGCCAGAGCUGACAUGCCAAACCCGGUAUUACAGAAUCUAUUUGCAUCUUGUAAAGAAUUCUUGAGGACUCAUAUGACAGUAUCUUCAGUAUCUUCUGAGAGUAGCCGAACAGAAACUGCCACGGCCAUUCAAUCUGAAGUGGCCUAAAAAUCUUAAUGACAAUUUUGUUUCAUUUUCCUCUUUGUA